AUGUCUCAAGUACGCUACGUCAAGCUUUACAACAUCGAAGGAAGAGAUGAUUAUAUACUAGAGGUGAAGCUGGAAAAAGAUGGAACAAUUGAUAUAGAUUUCCAUAAGGCUCCUGAAGACAUCACAAAAAUCAUCAUUAAUGGCGGUGAGGCAUUUAAAGAACGAUUAUAUGGAGUCAAUUUUAUUCCAGUAAAUAGUCAUGAAUUAUUAAAUAUAGAUUGUUCCUUAAAACCAGUUGCAGAUUAUGAUAGCUCAAGCAGUGAAGAGGAAGAUUUUGACGAAGUUGAACAAUGUUUCGUUUCGAUGCAAAUUAAACAAAGCUAG